GUGCGCGUUACUACGAAUAGAAUAAUUAUUUCUGUCCAUACAUAGUAUGUAUAUUCGAACACAAUUUAUUGGCUGUAAAAGAUUCAAAUAUUUCUCGUAUGAGCGAUGAGUCUGUGACGGAAAGUUCAUUUGAUUUUGAAAAAAACCUUAUUGAAAUUAGUGAUUCAAAACAAAUAGAAACAAGUGAUGAAUCUGUCUUGGAAAACACGAAAUAUUCUGCCAAACAAGUUGUAAAACGGCAUUCUGUCAAAAAGGGAGCUCUUUAAAUAGUAAUGAUUCAAAAAUUUCGGUGACCAGCGAUGAAUUUCUUUUAAUAAGAAAAAAAACUCAGCGUUAUCAGUCAAUCGUAUUACAAACCAACAAUGAAUCCUGUAAAGGAGUUAAGAGUGAUAACCUUAAUAAGGAAAGUUCUUCGGUUAAACAGAACAAUAUCUCGAACCAAAAUAUUAAUCGUGGAAAAGGUUUAUAAAACGAAGGUAAAAUAAAACAAUAUCAUAGAUAUAAUAAAACAUCGAAUAUUCCACAAGAGACUGUUGAUAAUCAACAAAAAUUACUUGUUGAAGAACCUCGUUCUCAUAUAAGUACUAAAAGUCUUCCUUUAACACUAAAAAGGCAAGAAUAAAUUCAAAAAAACAAUGAAGAAUUAUUGGAUGUUUUUAGACAUUCUAUUUCUGAUAAAGAGAAAGAUAACACAAGCUUUAUUUUAAAAAAAAUUAUGGAUGCGUUAUACGUUUUUCAUCUCAAUCAACAGGAAACUCAACGAGAACUACGAAGCAUAAGCGCGAUAAUCAUUUCGAACGGUGCAAGCAACGACCUUCCAAGUUCCGUAGCAGAGAAGUAUGAACUACAACUGCCAAUAAGUACAAUAGAAGAAUUUCAAUCAAUGGAAGAUUUAUUAGAAAAAAACCCAGCCUUUAGAAGCGAGUUUAAACAAAGUGUUAACAGUCUUCUAGACCAAAAUAAUAUUUUAUCUCGAACAUUAACCAAUAUCCUAAAAAUGUACCUAGAAAGAGAUGUUGUUCUUCAAUUCAAUGCAAUGAGAAGAACAGACAAAAAGGAGCUAAUAUUUAAGAAAACAGAGUGUUGCAAAUGUAUUCUCGAUAUUAUUAAACGAAUUUACAAACAAAAAUCGCUUCCUUUAACUGAAAAGGAGUUUUUUAAGGCAUUGGGACCAGUCAUUACAAAUGCCAUUGAUUGGGAUGGAAAUCGGGCACAGAGAACUUUAAAGAAAAAGGAACUAAGUGAAGCAGUAGAGAAAACAAAUUCUGAAGACACGUUAGAGACUGAAAAAAUUGAUAUUGCUUAUAUUGAAGAUUAGAAAAUAGUUUUUAAAAAAAGUAUAAAUAGAUUUAAAAAAGUAUGUUAUUUGCAAUUUUGUUUCCAAUAAACCUAAUUUUAUGAACUACAUGUGUUUGAAUUGAAAACUUUCUAAAUUUAAUUUAAAUU